AUGCCCUGCCACACCACAGACCGUUGUCGCUACAAGACAGCGUAUCGACCAAGACUGACGACCAUCUUUCUCUGCCUCCUAGGCCUUGCCUUGUUGCCGUCUGCGCUGUGCCGCGUCGGCGCCGAGAGCCGCCAUCGUGAUGCUACGACGCAGGAAGCCGUCCCUGUUGCAAUAGGAUUCCAUCUCGGCCAGGCAUACGCAACAUCCGUCGCCCACUUCUCAAAUGGGACCGUCAUCAACCUGGCAAAGGUCCCUGCGGGCGACGAGUACACAGCGCUUAUGGAACGAAUGGUCCGGCAGCCCGCUCCGCAGGAUCGACCUGGCCGCCUUCAGAGCUUAUGGAGGCUUUUGAUGCGGACUCUCCGGAUGCCACCAAGCAAGGAUGCCGCAGUUUUGGUCAGAGUGGCUGCCGCCUUGAAAGCCGAGUCUGAAGCUGCCCUCGACGGCCGUGCCAUUGAUUCGGCCGCCGUCACAGCGCCGUGGAUGGCCGCAUGGGACGGUCAAGUGGCUUCCAAUAGCAUCAUCAAUGACGUCCUCGUGCUAGUAGGUAUCGAGCCUGUGUCAUGGGAGGACAGUCAUCCCAUAUACCUGGGCGAGACCAACAGCCUCCUCGCAGCGAAUAAGCGCCGGCUGUGUGUGGACCGCUGGUGUGGUGUCGGAUCAGGUCUUAGCGAGCAAGGGGCAGUCGCCUUUCUCAUUAGCUUCACGAAUCAAUCUCUCCAUACGUCUUUUCAGAUUGCGCGUUGCUUCUAUUCCGAUUCGUGGGACAAUCACCUCAGCACCAUCGACCCCAGAUAUGGACUGGACAAGUUAAAGGAGUCGGAGCCCCCCCAAGACUUCUGGGACUCAGUUCGCGAACGUCUUCUAGAACAAGUUGCCGAGCACGCAAGGCGUCAUUCUGUACACUCUGACCUUCCUUUCCUCGUGCUCGUUGCCGGGGAGGCAGCCACUGAGCCGGACUUUACAGAUGUCCUGCAAGAGGUCGUCAAGAGCAUUCCAGACGUCCGCGUCACCAGUGGUGGUGAGCAGACGGGUGACAUACGCCGGCAACAAGGCACUGAACGGCAACCGGAGGUGGAGCUCAUCAUUCCGGAUGAUCCCACGUUUGCUGCUGCGAGAGGCGCGGCGUUUUGGAUGUGGGUGAGGCUUGAAGGGUCCUAUUGUGACGAAUGGUGCGCUGCUAAUCCCGGAGAGUGCAUGUCGCAGUACGACGCGCAUGAUGAGUUGUAA